AUAUAAACACUCACAAGAGAAGAGAGGAAGAAUAGAGCAACAAAAACUUAAAACCAACCAACCAAAUCAAAUCAAAAAUGUUGCGCAUUAUCUUCCUCUUGUCUCUCCUCUUCGCUCUUUCCAAUGCCUCGGUCCAAGACUUCUGCGUAGCCAACCUCAAACGCGCUGAGACCCCAGCUGGCUACCCUUGCAUCCGUCCCAUCCACGUCAAAGCCUCUGACUUCGUCUUCAGCUUAGGCACUCCCGGGAACACCACCAACAUCAUCAGCGCCGCGGUGACACCAGGCUUCGUCGCUCAGUUCCCGGCUCUGAACGGUCUAGGCAUCUCCACAGCUAGGCUUGACCUAGCACCUAAAGGUGUGAUCCCAAUGCACACUCACCCUGGCGCCUCUGAGGUUCUCUUCGUCCUCGACGGCUCAAUCACCGCUGGGUUCAUCUCCUCUGCCAACUCUGUCUACGUGCAGACGCUUAAACCGGGACAGGUCAUGGUGUUCCCCCAGGGCCUGCUUCAUUUCCAGAUCAAUGCGGGUAAGAGCGCUGCUGUUGCGUUUGUCACUUUCAGCAGUGCGAGCCCUGGUCUCCAGAUUCUUGACUUUGCGCUAUUUGCUAAUAGUCUUUCCACUGAGCUCGUCUCGGCUACUACUUUCCUUGAUCCUAAAGUAAUCAAGACGCUUAAGGGUGUUCUUGGUGGAACUGGCUAAGCAAAAAAAAAAGACAUCCUUGACUGAAACAACAACGCCUUGUUUGUUUUUUCUUUUCUUGUCUUGUCUUGUCUGUUUUGUAUUCCUUGUCAUUCUUCAAAAACCUGUCAACAUGGUUACAUUGUAAUGUGAGCUUUUCAUUUUCAUAUCCUGAAGUUAGUCACACCGUUUAUGUUUA